AGUCACUUGUGGCUAGACCGGGAAGUGGUCUAGAGAAUGAUACCUGUAGCGCAUCACAUUUUCUUGGAUAUGGGAAAUGGAGGGUCCCUGGGAGAGAAAUGAAGAUUCAGGUGCUAAGUGCUGUGUCAGGGUAGAGGGAGGAGAGGAGGAGGGGGGCCAGUGCCCAGCUGAUGUCAGAUUUUCAAAUGAGCAGGGUCUCAGGCAGGGAGUACAGACGCCACUGCAGGGGCUGUCAUAGGCCCAGACCACCCCAUUUGAGGGGGGAGUCUGCCUCGGCCUCAACGCCUUUGGGAGGGCUCUAGCCCAGACUCCGGAUGCCUGCAGUGGGGGAGGGUAGGCAGUGAGACAGUAGCAGUGGGGGUGUGCGCAGGGGAUGCAGGCAGCAGCUAGGCUCCCCCACUGGCCAGGCAGUUGGUAUGCUCCAGGAUCCGAGCAGCUCCUUCUAGCAUCCUUCAUCCUUCAGGUACCAGCCAUCCAGGCAGUUCUUGAGCUGCAGAAACUGAGACUAACCUUAGAAGGACCUCUGGCCUGACCCUCCCCAGUAGUCUUGUCUGUAUAAGCUGCUUCUGCACCUGAUACUUUCAGCGGCCACUCCCCGCAGGGUGGGGCACCCAUCCCAAGAAGGUUUUGGUGCCCCCAACUGAUUCUACACCCUAGGGCUGUUGCCAUUGUCUUUCGCUCCAGGAUGAAAGGGGAAACCCCUGUGAACAGCACUAUGAGUAUUGGGCAAGCGCGCAAGAUGGUGGAACAGCUUAAGAUUGAAGCCAGCUUGUGCCGGAUAAAGGUGUCCAAGGCAGCAGCAGACCUGAUGAGUUACUGUGACGCCCACGCCUGUGAGGAUCCCCUCAUCACCCCGGUGCCCACUUCGGAAAACCCCUUUCGGGAGAAGAAAUUCUUCUGUGCCCUCCUCUGAGCUGCCCUGUCCCUCCGACCACUGCUCAGUCACGUCCCCUCUCCGCGGCCCUUCCUUAGGUCAGUAACUGCCGCGAGCCCCAGGCUGCCCCUGCAGCCCUCUCCUGGCCCCUGCCCACCCCGCGAGGUGAUCCAAGCACAAAGCCCUCCCUCCUCCACCUGCCGUCCCCUUUCCUCACCCUCUGGGCGGAGCCCCAGCCCGGGCGCCCUGCGCUCCACCCACACGCGGGCCCGGGCGCACUGCGGCGUCUCGCCCGCUCCCCUCUGACCCGCUGGGACCGUGGAGACAGGGAGGGGCGGGUGCUUGCUCUCUUUCUCCCCUGGAGCCACUGGAAGGGUAAAGCCAUGUGAAGAAUAAAGUCAUCGGAGCCUCA